CGCGCGAUGCAUACUGUAGGCACGAUGGCGGCAACGAUAACGCGACAACCGUGAGGCAGCGACGAUGUGUUUAGCGGCUCUCGCCAUCUUUAUGCUAUCUCUAGCAUCGACGCUGACGCAGACGCGACAACAGCAAGACGUUCAGUUUUCGAUGACGGAAACGCCAGCCGACCGACUGAACAUCGGUGACAAGGUGACAGUCAACCUGACGCUGACCGGCGUCGUGACAACUACGAAUCUCCAGCUACGUAUUAGAACGCACAGGUAUAUAAGCGUGAUCGGUGCUAAGGCCACCGUGGAUUGCUUCAGCAGCUACAUCUGUACGGGCGUUGCGUUCCCCUACACGGCUAACCACAUCGCCCAACUGACCAUCGACGAAGUCGAAACACAGAUACUGUCCGUACAGAAAUUCUACACCAAGUGGACAGUGGCCGUACAGCUUAUACUACAGCACACGAGAACUUGCUCUGAAUAG